GUGGGCGUCACGAUGACAAAGUCGGACACGAUCACCUUUGCUCUGCUGUUGAUUCAACUGUGGUGUGUAUUUGGCGGCAAAAUACUAGUGUUCCCUUUAGAUGGGAGCCACUGGAUAAACAUGAAAGGAAUCGUCGAGGAACUUCACGCCAAAGGCCAUGAGAUCACAGUGGUGCGGCCGUCUGAUAGCUGGUACAUCUCAGAAAAGUCGUCUCUCUACACCUCUGUCAAUCUUCCUGGUCAGGAUCGAUUUAAGGAUCAUUUUGAAUCAUUUGUGUCACAACAACUGGAAAUCAGGCUUCAGGGGAGGUCUCUAUCUCUUCUGCCUCGCAUCUGGAAAAAGAUUGAGAAUCAAAUCCUGGUUAUUAGUCAGUUUUCUUUUUUCCACAAAAUGCAUUGUGAGACAAUAGUGCAGAUGUUUGAAAAUGAAACUCAAAUGCAGUCCUUUUAUAACGCUCAAUACGACGUCGUGUUGACUGACCUCGGCAUAGGUGGAGGGGCACUGCUCGCGCGCCGUCUCCACGUUCCCCUCAUUUACAAUGUCAGGUGGACCCUGCAAGGUGAAGCUCAUGACCUCAUUGCCCCAUCCCCUCUGGCAUACACUCCCUUUCUUGCAGCACUGUUAACAGAUAAGAUGACUUUCCCACAAAGAAUCAUUAAUGUUUUAUCCCACACCAUGGGUAGCUUCUCAACCUUAUUCAUAUCUGAACCUCACUACAAACCAAUAGUGAGGCGCUACUUUGGUUCUAGUGUGGAUUACUCAACAUUUUUUUUGGAUGCUGAUAUAUGGCUUCUGAGAAACAAUUUUAUCUUUGAAUUUCCACGACCCACAAUGCCAAAUAUAGUCUACAUAGGUGGCUUUCAGUGCAAGUCUCCAAAGCAGCUCCCUGUGGACCUGGAGGAGUUUGUCCAGAGUUCUGGAAGUCACGGCGUUGUGAUAAUGACUUUAGGGACUCUCAUUGCGAAGCUUCCCCAAGAUGUCAGUGAGGAAAUUGCUGCAGCCUUUGCCCAGCUGCCUCAGAAGGUUGUUUGGAGGUACACUGGACAAAAGCCUACCAACCUAGGAAACAACACUUUACUGGUUAACUGGCUACCACAAAAUGACUUCUUGGCACAUCCUAAAACAAGAGUAUUUGUCACUCAUGGAGGCAUCAACGGGGUUCAAGAAGCAAUUUACCAUGGCGUUCCAAUCGUAGGACUUCCAUUGUUUUUUGAUCAGCAUGAUAAUCUCAACAGAAUGCGAGCGAAGGGAGCAGCAGUAAAUGUGGAUUUUGCUGUGCUUGACAGGCACAUGUUUGCAGAUGCACUCAUGACAGUUCUUCACAACUCAUCGUACAGGGAAAACAUGCAAAGGCUCUCAAGGCUGCAAAGGGAUCAGCCAAUGAAACCAAUGGACAAGGCAGUCUUUUGGAUCGAAUAUGUGAUAAGACAUAAAGGAGCUGGCCAUCUGAAGGCACAAUCCAACAAAAUGUCCUCAAUUGUUUACCACUCAGUUGAUGUCAUUUUAGCUUUGCUAACAGUAGUUUUGCUUCUAAUAUUCACUUGCCUUUUCAUUUUAAGAUGCAUGUGUAGAAUAUGUUUUAAUGGGAAAAAAGCUAAACACGAUUAA